UGUUAGGUCAAGUUCAAGUCUUCAAGACAACCAUGGGAACCAAAAACCAUCAGCUUCAUAUUGCUCUCUUCCCUUUCAUGGCUCAAGGCCACAUAAUCCCAUUCAUAGACAUGGCCAAACUAUUUGUUUCCAGAGGUGUCGAAGCAACAAUAAUCACCGCCCCUCUAGAUGCACCCUUCAUCCACAAGAAAAUUGAAAAUUCAACUUCCCCGGUUCACAUUUUCACAAUCGAUUUACCUACUUUAGAGGUUGGAUUGCCAGAAAAUUGCCAGAGCUUGCAUUUGGCAACUUCCCCUGAAAUGCAAAGAAAAUUUUUCAAAGCUGCAGGCUUGCUUGAGCCUCAGCUUGAGCAGUUCUUGCAGCAAAACAGACCCAAUUGCCUUGUGGCUGACAUGUUCUUUCCUUGGGCUACAGAUGUGGCUUCUAAGUUUGGAAUUCCAACGCUCAUAUUCCAUGGAACCAGUGGUUUCUCCUUAUGUGCUACACUCUGUAUGUUUUUGUAUAAGCCUCACUUACAGGUGUCAUCUGAUUCAGAAACCCUUUUUAUUCCUAAUUUCCCAGAUGAGAUUGAGCUGACAAGAAAGAAGCUGCCUGAUUUUAUUAGAGAUGGAGUUGAAAAUGACUUUUCAAGAUUGUAUGAUGAAGGUAAGAAAGCUGAGCAGAGGAGCUAUGGGGUUCUUGUUAACAGCUUUUAUGAGCUUGAACCUGCGUAUGCUGAUCAUUACACAAAUGUUCUGGGGAUCAAGGCUUGGCAUAUAGGCCCGCUUUGGAUAUGCAAUGAGGGGGCAAAAGAAGACAAAGUCUCUAUUGAUGAACAACAUGAGUGCAUAAAGUGGCUUGAUUCAAAGAAACCCAACUCAGUUGUUUAUGUCUGUUUUGGAAGCUUGUCCAAUUUUGUUGAUGCCCAGCUGCUUGAGAUUGCAAAGGCUCUUGAAUCUUCAGGGCAGCAAUUCAUUUGGGUUGUCAAGAAACAGAACAAUGAUCAAGAAAACCAACAAGAUUGGUUGCCUGAAGGAUUUGAAAAGAGAAUUGAAGGGAAGGGGCUGAUUAUAACAGGGUGGGCCCCCCAAGUGAAGAUUCUCUCACAUGAAGCAGUUGGGGGGUUUGUGACACAUUGUGGGUGGAACUCAACACUUGAAGCAGUGUGUGCUGGUGUGCCUAUGGCCACAUGGCCUGUGUUUGCAGAGCAGUUUUACAAUGAGAAGCUGAUCACACAAGUGCUUAGGAUUGGGGUUGGUGUUGGAGCCAAAGAGUGGAGUAGAGUGGCUGUGGAGAGUGUGAAGAGUGAUGCCAUAGAGAAGGCUGUGACAAGGACCAUGGUGGGUGAGGAAGCAGAGGAAAUGAGGAACAGAGCCAGGGGUUAUGCAGAGAUGGCAAGGAGGGCUGUUGAAGUGGGGGGGUCAUCUCACUCAAAUUUGAAUGCUUUGAUUGAAGAGUUAAGGUUUUAGUUUUUCCAAGUUUGUUCUGAAACAGAUCCUUUGCAUCCUGUGCGUCGUCUUGGACAAGAAGAUCAGGAAAUCAAGCGGCAGACCAUUUAGCGUCACUGGCACUAUCGAGGAGGAGUUCGAAGACCUGGGACACCAGACCCCCCACCUCACGAGUGCAUGUUCUUAACAAAGAUGGGCUCCCCUGCCCACCCUGGAAUUCAUAAUUUGUUUGGCUGGUUUGGGGGCGUUUUGACUUUCCUUAUGGGAUUGUCGCACAUUGUUUUCCUACGGUUACGUUUUUCACCAGUUGCUUUUCUAAGUGCUUGUUUGGUGUGCACUGAGAGCUGCUUUUCUCCUUUCCGCUUUAUUGCAUUGUAUUUGCUUUCUCGUUGUAAGAUCUCUUUGGACAAUGAAAAGUGCAAGUUUCUGACGAAAAAGUUCGUUGUGAAACUUGAGCAGCUGUGGUGUC